AUGGGUGGCCUGGUGAUCAAGAAGGCAUACGUCCUGGCAAAACAAGACCCGUUUUAUAAAGAGUUGGCUGAGCGAGUUGCCUCACUAUAUUUCCUCGCCACACCCCACCGAGGGUCUGACUCGGCCAAAAUGCUAAAAAACCUUCUCAAAGUCGCCUAUGACCGCGCUUACAUUAAUGACCUGGAACCGAACUCUGCCACUGUCCAAGUGAUUAAUGACGAAUUCCGUCAUCACUCGGCUAAUAUUGAGCUUUGGUCUUUUUACGAAACGCAGAAUAUGAAACUGUUCAGCUCACUCAUCGUGGAUCCCGAGUCGGCUGUUCUCGGGUACCCUGGAGAGAAGCAAACACCCAUGACUGCUGAUCAUCGCUCAAUUUGCAAGUUUGAUACCCCCGAAGACCCCAACUACGCCCUUCUACGGAACGCGCUCGCCUCAACUGUGAGUAAACUUGUCACGGAAGUUCCAGAAUCAAAGCUUGAGGGCAGGCGUGAGAGGAUCAAAAAUCUGAAGAAGUACCUUGAUGUUUACGACAUUUUGGAUGAUGAUCUUGCAAACGUCCGCGAAUCUCGAAUGGACGGAUCGUGUAGAUGGAUUUCGACCAAAGCCAGUUAUGUAACAUGGAGGGAUGGGGAAAGGGACAGCGACAGAGUCUUGCUUAUCAAGGGCAAACCAGCAACAGGAAAAUCGGUUCUCGCUGGCUAUGUUAUUGAUCAGCUCAACGAGGCAGGGCGAGCAUGCAGUUCCUUUUUCUUCAAACAUGGAGAUAAAUCAAAAUCCACUUUAAGCCGCUGCCUUCGAUCUCUAGCUCUUCAGAUGGCUACCUCCUCUGAUGAAGCUGGGAAUGUCAUUCUACGUAUGCAGGCGGAUGCUGUUCGUUUGGACCACAUCGAUGAACGAACCCUCUGGAGAACCCUCUUCCUAUCCGGCAUUUUCCAAACCAGAGUCACGCAGCAUUAUUGGAUUAUCGACGGUUUGGACGAGUGUUCAAACUCCCAGGCAUUUUUUCAUGUCAUUCUUUCCAACUUGAGCGAAGUCAUGCCUCUGAGAAUUCUCAUGACAAGUCGCGACACCCUCGAUCUUGAGAAAGGUUUCUCGGCUACUCCAUCCAAUCAAAUUCGGUCCUUUCCUAUCUCAACAAAGGACACAGGACCGGAUAUCAGGCUUCUAGUCGAGAGGAGAACCCAGGCCCUUGGGGUCGUUGGACCUGACGAUCGAGAUAUAUUAGUUGAGAGGAUCCUAGACAAAUCCAAUGGAUCUUUCUUGUGGACAACUUUGGUGCUUGAAGAACUAUCGUGUUGUCACAGCGGAAAUGAAAUCCAACAGGCCCUUGAAGAUAUGCCAAGGGGUAUGGAGUCGCUGUACAGACGCACGUUGGACUACAUGUCGCAGGCGACUCGUGGAAAGGAGCUGGCCAAAGCCAUUCUGAUGUGGACAGCCUGUGCGGUUCGACCCAUGACAAUCAGCGAACUGGGCGGUGCUCUCAUGCUGGAGAUCCACGACUCAUUUCCAAGAUUAGAGGAAAGUAUCGCUGCGCUUUGUGGGCAACUGGUGGUUGUAGACAAAUAUGAGAGAGUUAGGAUGGUGCAUGAAACUGCUAGAGAGUUCCUUAUAGCACAAGGGCAGGUGUCUGAGUUCUCCGUUGACGUAACUCUAGCGCACACGCGCAUGGCUAAGGUAUGCCUCGAUUACCUAACUGGAGAGGAGAUGAAGCCUCCAAGGAACAUUCGGCACCGUUCCUUGGUGAAUCUUCCAGCGAAAAGACUAGAUUUCGCGGCCUAUGCAUGUACAUCAUUCUCAUAUCACCUCUCCAGAGCCAAUCCACUGGCCAGAGAAACGUUACAACUUAUCAUCCAGUUUUUGAGACUCAAUGUUCUCACUUGGAUCGAAACUAUUGCCCGGUCUAAAAAUCUCAGUCACCUCAUCCAUGCCUCAAAACAUCUCAAGGUCUACCUCAACGCGUGUGCCGUUGAGCGUUCUCCACUGGAUCCUCGGAUAGGAGCCCUACGACAGUGGAGCAUGGACCUUGCUCGAAUACCUGCCAUGUUCGCGAGCGUCCUCAUGGUAUCGCCGUCAGCAAUAUAUUCGGUGAUACCUCCGUUCUGUCCCACUGACUCUAGAGUCCAUAACACUGGAAGCCCAAGCCUCAGGCUCGCUGUGCUUGGUGCGCACAGCAACCAGUGGGAUGAUAGGAUGGUGUGCAUAGACUUUCCUCAGGGUCAACCAAGGGCGGUGCGGUAUGGAGAUCAAUUUCUCGCCGUUGGACUCAGUUCUGGGACAGUGGUAUUGUACCAUCACACAUCACACCAGGAAUACAAGCUAUUGGCUCAUGGGGAAGCAGUCAGCCUGCUGGCUUUCAGCACUAAGACCACUUUCCUAGCGACCUGCGGUAUGAAAAUGACCAAAGUUUGGGACACCCAAAGUGGACUAUUAGUGCACAGCCUUACCAGUCCCCCGCAUCCGCUGGGAAUGGAGUUCGACGGAGACAAGCUUCUGAUUGCUAGUCGCAAAAACUACGUCGUUACUUGGGAUUUAGACCAUGGGAGCCGGCUGGAGUCGGUGCGAAAACACUGGAGCGAUCACGAUACGCCGGAAUCAGAUCGAACGCCACCCCGUGGGACGCCAUGCGCUCUAGCUCUCUCUAUCAGCCACGGAAUGCUUGCUGUAGCAUACAGCGGUCAGCCUAUCACGCUAUGGGAUAUGAAGGAGAAUGCCUACGCUGGUAGCUGUGGCAAGAAACUCUCAACCGGCGAGACUAGCACUCAUGUUGUCAUCGCUCUUACUUUCAAUCCCAACCCGGACAUUAGCCUUCUUGCAGUUUCAUAUCUCGACGGUGACCUUGCGCUCCUUGAUCCAUUAUCUGGUCAGCAACUGGAAUGCUUUCGGGCCAAUUGCCAAACCCUCGCUGCUAGCCCCAAUGGACGUCUUCUCGCCGCCGGCGGUGCCAAUGGGAUAAUCCACAUUUACGAGUUUGACACCUUGAAGUCGCUAUAUCAAGUCAAAUCAUCCAACUCGUUCAUCAAACAGCUUGCCUUUGAUAAGGACAGCAUGCGUCUUGCGGACGUUCAAGGGGCCCAGUGUACUGUCUGGGAACCCGAAGCUCUAUUGCGGGAGUCGUUAGAGGACGACAGUAGUGGGACCACUCUCACUACGGUCGUCGAGCAACUAUCUGAAAAGCCCAAAGCAAGAAUCACUGCGAUGGUUGCCCACCAUACUUUAGAGGUCAUUUUCUGCGGAAAGGAUGAUGGCUCAGUUGUAAUUUACGAACAAGGAACGGCAAUGAGCUUGGAGACUCUCUACACCCACAAGUCAUCAGUGCGCGUGUUAACCUGGAUUGAAGCGACCAACUCUUUGCUUAGCAUUGAUGCAUCCAACACAAUUUUCCUCCACAAGGUCCAGCAGUCGGUGAACAAAGGUUGGCACGCCGACCUCACAGUACUCUUUAAGACCCGCCUCGACUCUGAACAGGCAAUUACAGAUGUUCUCGUGGGAGACCCAGCAGCAAAGCUUUUGCUAUCAACUCGCGAGAGCGAUUACAUGUUCAACCUGGGCAGCGGCAACUGCGAGGGUGAGAGGACAUACUCACAGAUGCGAGGAAGCCGCAAAUGGCUGCCUCAUCCAAACUCCUCUCAACAUCUGAUCUGCGUUGAUAACUUCAAAGUCUGCAUCUAUCGCUGGAAUGACUGGUGUGAGGUUUCUUGCAUUGGAUAUCCACUUGAUAACGAUAUGGUAGAGAUCAAAGACGCGGUGGUGUAUUCACUCGGGCAAAGGCAAAGAAUUCUCCUCGACUUGCUCCAUCCGAAUAGUUCUGUGAACAUCAAAAGGAUUGCGAUCAUUGAUCUAGAUCGCCUCGCCACGGGGAAUAGCGAACGCAGCCUGUUCCGGGAAACCCCCGAUCAUGCCUUGGGUGGAUUAGAUCAACUUGCAUCGGAUGGAGAUGCGAAGAAGAUUGGCACAAAGUCAAUCGCAUCUUCUCCACCCCUUUCACAGAUGAUGAAUUUUGACCUGGAUAUCGCCCAUGUGAUAGGAAUCUAUGAAUCGAGAAGACUGAUAUUCUUGAAUCGAUCUUUCUGGGUGUGCUCUGUUGACAUCGGUGAAAACGGGUUAGGAACCGCACGACCCAGGGAAUCAUCAUCGAUUGAAAUUUUUGAGCACUUCUUCAUCCCAUAUGAUUGGUUUGCCGGCAGACGCGACAUUGUUUGUGCUUUGGCGAGGAAAGAUAUUAUAUUAACUCGGGGUGGUGAGCUGGCUGUGGUUAGGGGCGGCCUUGACCAUGUCGAGCGAUCAUGUGUACAAGAGAAGUCCUGGGGCCCAGAUGGAAUGAAGAGCCCAACCUCAAAAUAA